AUGGCAAACGCCGAAAAUAGUAACAGUGAGCGAGACCUUCGGAGACUCACCAAACGAUUCGGUAUAACAAUACAGUCGGCCUCAAAUACGCACCAUUGGCCAGCAGCUCAUCAACAGACUUUCCAAAGCAUUCUCAAGAUCGGGGAUGAGAAGUUUGAUAGUUUCAGCGCCAGUAUAGACAUUCGGUCUACUGAAGAGCCAUGGCGAGAGGCUACAAAAAGUCGAGCAGAAUAUCUAGCGAAGCGUGCUAGUGAACUCUUCAACCAAGAGCGAAAUGAAUCCGGAUGGAGGUUGGCACUCGAAAGUCUCAUCUUCUACAGAUUCAGUGUUGAAGUUGCGUGCCCAAAAUGUCGUGCAAGACUCUGGCGUUCAGAGAAUGAAGCUCGUGUCAAGGAAGGCAAUAACUUUGCUGCCAACCUAAAAGACCGGCGAGAGAAUCGUAUGCACUGCAUUUGUCCACCUAGUGAACGGCCACGAGAUUACCAUGAGGCUGGUACAAAUCUCCUUUUCGAAGAUCGCACCCAAGAAUUAAUCAUCCAUGACCCAUUAUUAAGAUCCCAACUCCCUAAGCAAGAGCCAGAUCGUGUUUUUGGACUACGAGAAACGACGAAUUUCGAAAGACUUUUAUCAACCUCAGUUCCAGACACAACUGAGAGCGAUUCUAAUGGCACUCUCCGAGAACUGGUGAGAAGUUGCCCUUUCAAAAGUGGAGCCGAGCCUUUGCUAUUUCCAUUUAUGGCAUUGGAAGCAAAAUCGGGUAAAAGCCCAAGCGGCUUUUAUGAAAUUCAAAUGCAAACAGCUUUUCCAAUAUUUGCUCUUCUCAAAUUGCAAGAGGAUUUGGCUGCACAAGUCUCAGAUAGCAGCGCAACGGAACAGCCUCUCGUAUGGUUUUUCGCGAAUCGAGGUGAUGCUUGGCGAGUCUACGGGUGUUGUAUAUCUGAUAGCCAACCAACUAGAUAUGAUAUCUUUCAAUUAUGGGAUGGCUCCAUAGUGUCAAAAGACAGUUCUUUGCAGCUUCUACAUAUAGUCGACUACAUUUUCGACUGGGCCCGAGAUAUAUAUCGACCGUCAAUAUUGAGUCAGCUCAAGUCAACGGUAACUGGAUCAGCGUUUGACCAGGUUACCUUGUCAAAUGACAGUGACAUUUUUUCAAUGCGAAGAAAUAUCUCAAAUUGGGUCCUCGCUGCUCCAAGCACCAUAAAUGAACUUGAUCUUGAACAAGAGCAACUGGAGUUCAACGAUGGUCCAACUUUAAAUCACCAAGAUCUCUUAUCUAUUCCUAUCCCCAACUCACAACUUGGAACAGUACGCUCCGCAGCAUUAAUAGAAUCAAGAAUAGAGGGUCUCUAUGUCACAGAACAAAAUGUGGUGCGACUUCUAGAAUUAGGGGGAGGUGAAGAGGCAGCAAGACAGUUUACGAAUUUCCUUGUCAAGUGGAAUGAACUUUUAGUACUUACGGAAGACGACAUUGAUGAUUUAGAGGGCAGAUGGAAAGGCCAUUCCAGCAUAACAACGGAAGACACAAUACCAUCAGACUCUCCGGAAUUUUACGUGUUAACAGAGACCAAAAUAUAUAUGAAUACGUCAUGGACUGUUGUCCGGGAGUUGACCUACGUGGCGGUAUCAAAAGCGGCGUUUGAGAUCAUCUUCAAUUAUGCUAACUUCAAGAACCGCAACACCUUUAAACAGCAGGUCGCAAACGUUGCACGUUCAUGUAGCAAGAAGAUUCUCAACGAAACUUUUCGAUGCCUUUCAGGCUCCCCAAGCCAAUACUUCCAAGCUGCUACUACCUGCGUAUGCGUCUCUUGGUACGCUUUACCAGAGAGAAAAAGAUCCGACCAUGCGCCACCCAUUGAAGCUUUAGCAUUUGGUCGAUUGAGCCGCCCCAGGCUGCCAGAGUUUAUUCAGAAAUUCCACAAAAUAGCUAGGAGGAGAGGGACCCCAAAAUUUAGGAUCCCACCACGUCAGCUAUAUCAAAUCCCCCCAGAUCAGCGGAACGACUGGAUUGAUAAGUUCCGUGCACAACGGACGCCCAAAUCGACAGAUCUAUCCUUCAUCCGCAAUUCGGAAGCAGUCACACUCAUUCAUGAGAAGGACUAUCAUGAGGCAACCCAUUGUGGAAGGUGUGUUCUUGCAGGUGCCUACGAGCAAGAUCCACAUCACUUCGCUGAAUCUACUCCGGAUAUAUUUUCUGCAUAUGGAUUUGACCUGGCGAUAUGCUUGAAUACCAUGGGUGUUGACUCAGAUAAGCAUGACAUUUGUCUCUUUGGACACACUGGUGUUCUUGAAGUAGCGGGCAAGGAAGCGCUGACUGUGAUGUUGGAAGAUCUUCUCCGGAGUGGAUAUGGACAUCACACAAUAAGACAUCCGUUCACCCCCCAGAUUGAGGGCAAACUGGUCUACAAACAUGACACACUCUGGAAUCUUCCACUUUCUUAUCGGCGUCUUACCCCCAAGGAAAAGAUCGAUAUUGGAGACUGGAUCCAUGAACUAAAGAAUGAACCCCUUUCACAACCAACGAGAUAUAGGAAUAUUCAAUUCCGCUGGGAUGGACUUCAAAUGCUAUUGCAUUAUUUGAAGAAAGGCGACUCUUGGGCAAAAGCGGUCACCGAGAUCCAAUCAAAGGACCGUUCGAAGGGCUACGCAAUCAGAGAUUACGAACUAUACAAACACAUCGACAAGCGUAAUGAUCCCAUACUCAAAGUGGCAGGGGAAAUAGUGAACUUACGGCCUCUUCGACCUUUGGGACCUUUUCCGGAAUACACACGUGGGGACGUGUACUCUACUUGA